GCAUAAUGAUUAUAAAUCAACAGAAAUGAUAAGCUUAAAUAGAUUAAAUUAUAUGAAAGAAAUCUCCAAAACUUUAAUUAUUAAUUUGAAUACAAUAGAUCAGCCAUCUUUAAAGUAUUUACUAAGCUCACAUUAUUCACCUAUACAAGAGUUAUUAUAUAAUCGAUACUUUUUAGAGCUAUUUAACCACUUUAUUUUAGAUGAUUUCCUAGAUCAGCUAUUAUCUAACUUACCAACAUCCAGCUCAAUCUUAUCUUUGACUUCUAUAAUAAAAUCAUCGAAAGAUACGAAUAAAAUAAGUAAAUCUAAAUUCGUUUUAUCAAAUUUGUUAUUAAAACCUAAUGGUAUUCAAUCGUUAUUACAGUUAUCAUUGAAAUCUGAUGAAUUUAAUCAACAAAAGAUUAAUUUCUUAGCUAAAAUGUUAUCAACUAAACCUACAAACAUGAUUGAUGAUACAUAUAUAGAACUAUUAAUAAAAAAUCUAUUGCAUACUACGUUAUUCGAUCCUCCAACAACUCACUUAAAAGUUAUAUCAAACACGAUUGACUUAUUACAAUUAAAAUCACCUUCAUCAACUAAUUAUUAUUUAGACCUCCAUAUACUAAACCCUUUUUUUCAAUUAGACAAUCCUAGUGCUAUCACGAAUGCAUUAUUAUACAUUAAACAUUUAAAUAUUCACUCAAAGCUCAUUUUAGACAAUUAUACAAAUAGGUUAUUACCAAUACUUUUUAACCUUGCUCAACAUUUAAAUAAUUCGAAGACCGUUAACCCUGAUUUUAAACUUAUUUUGGAUGAAAUUUUUGCGUCAUGGUCAACCCAUAUUAGUAAAGAAAAUGCUGUGAACUCCAUUUGGUCCACUUUGAACUCUAAUAAUGGUUGGAACGAUGAUUCUCUAGAAUGGUCUUCAUCAAACCCUGAUGGCUUACAGAUUAUUAAGAAGUCUUCAUCUUCAACUAAUAAACCAAAUCUAUUCAACAUAUCUCAACAUGAACAAAAUGACCUAUUUGAAAUUACACCGAACCCUCAAUUAUUAGCAACUUUCGUUAUCAAUAUUCAUAGGAAGGAAAUAUCAAGUAAUAUCCUAAUUAAAUGUCUCAGUCAAUAUCACGGUUUGGAAGACUUCUCAAAUUAUGAAAUGCUGAACAUUAAGGAAAUUUUAAAAUACCUUCAAUUUUCAACUGCUCUAAUUGAACAAAUGGGUAGUACAGUUUUGGAUAAUAAAGAUGAAAUUCUAGGAUUCAUUUAUCACACUUUACAAAUACAACAAUCAUCAACUACUAAUGAAACUGAAACUUUGAAUAGACCUGCUAAAGGCUUACAAGAUCUAUUGAUUUUUGAGACACAAAAUGAUACAGUAGAAAGCGAUACAGACGAACAUCUACAGUCUGUUGAUCAGAUAUUAAUCUCUACCGCAUUAUCCCUUCUCUUGGCUAUAUUAGAAGCUAACAGUCAUUUAAAUGUUGAUAAUACACCAUUGCUGGCAUUAAUUAAUCAAAAAUUAGAUAUCUUCAUUGAUCAAUUUCCGGCAAUUUCACCAGUUGCCAAUGAAUGCAAAUUAGUUUUAUUGGCUAGGAAUGUUACAACUUCUGAGAUGAUGCCUUCAAAUUCAGCUUAUAAAGAGCAACAUGAAAUUUACCAACAAUCUUUGAAAGAAAUUCAAGAUCCUUCAUUACCUGUUAAAGCGCAUGGAUUAGAUCAAUUGAGGAAAUUAGUUGAAUCAACGGCAUCAAAGAAUCUUAUCAUACCUUACGAUCAAUUAACGUUAGACGAGACAUUAAUUGAUGGUAUACUCGAUGUUUUCAUCCAAGCAAUAAAAGCGGAUGAUAGUUAUAUUUACCUUAAUGCAGUACGUGGUUUGGUUAUAAUGAUGGAUAAAAUAGGACAUGAAAUUAUUGCUGAAUUGUCAAAAAGAUAUUCAAUUAAUAAGACUUCCAUCACAGAAAUUGAAUUAGACCAAAGAUUAAGAAUCGGUGAAGCAAUUAUACAAGUGUUUCAAAGGCUAUCAAAUGCUUUACCAUCAUACACUCAUUUAAUUUUACCUCAAUUAAUAAAUGUUAUGUCAAAUAACGAUUUUCCUGCAUUAUUAAGGGCUUCUAGUAUAACGAUUCUUAGUGAAGCUUGUUCAACUUGCAUUAAAGCUAUAGAACCUUACAUAUUCGAGGUAUUAGAUGGUAUAAGAGACUUAUUGGUGAUAGAAUCCUCGAAAUCAUCUAAAGAUUUGGAUAAUCCUUUAGACAAAGAUACAAAAUUAGUUCAGUUAAAACGUUCUGCAUUAAUUUUCUUAGCUAGAUUCUUUAGAGAAAAUCGUAGAGAUCGUGGGGUAUACAUACCCUCUGACUUAAAAAGUUCUAUUAUCACUAACGUUAAAUACAUUAGUGAAAGUGAUAACGAUGAUCUUGUGAAACAUCAAGCGAUGGAACUUAUUGAUGAAUUUGGCUGGUCAAAUAAAUUAUUAUAA